GGUUAUAGGGACAAGGCUUGGUGAUCCACCAAGCAUGAUAAACUCACAGAAUGAGUCAAGCUUCCACCCACGGUCAGGGUAACACCCACCACAUCGACAACGAACACAUUGAUGUCCAUGCUGAAGGAUCCAGCUUCGUUCCCCACAAAACGCGGGACAACAAAACGUGCCCCAGAACGAGGGAAACCAUCAUAAUGUUGGAGAGGUUUGAUCACUUGGCCCAGUUUGCAAGAACUUUGGUGGGUACCGAAGCAGAUCGCAUUGAGGAGUUCACUACCAAACUCCAACCAGAUAUACAACCCUACUUGUCAGUUUUGCCAACAACAAACUUCACAGCCGCGUACAACCAAAUAGAGAAAGCCGAGAAGGGGCUGAUUGCAUGGAAGAAGAGUGUGGCCGGUUCUAAGGAGCAAAGCACCCAACAAAAGGGCGGUGUCACGUCGGGUGGCAAACGAACCCCUGGUGGAGGUCACAACAUGCAACAUUCCAAGAACACCAAGUCAGGACCAGCCCAGUCUGGAGCAUCGAGCAGCAAGCCGCGACCAUCCAGGCACCCUAAGUGCAAUCUCUGCGGAAGGAACCAUCCAGGAGAAUGCUGGUUCACGCACGGGCUGUGCCUGGGAUGCAAGCAUCAAACGAUAAUCGAUUGCGGACUAUGCACCGUACGACUGAAGGCCGACGACGAUGGGCUCAUUGAAGUUAAGGGGGAAUUGUUACCUAAGCCCCCUGAGUUCGUAUCCCUUAUGCAAGCCAAGCGUCUCAUCCGUAAGAGAUGCAAGGCCUUUCUUUGCAAUGUACGCGAUGUGCGUAAGAUGACCCCCAAACUGAAGGACAUCCCCUCAGUGAAUGAGUUACCAGAUGUGUUCCCCGAUGAUCUCCCUGGCCUACCACCUCCAAGGGAGGUGGAAUUCUCCAUCGAUCUGAUUCCAGGAACCGAGCCCAUAUCCGCAACAUCGAGAUACCGCUCUGAUCCUUCUCAUAUCCUUCCCGAAAGAACAGUCGCACUCGAUGAGAGUUUGUCCUAUGAGGAAGAGCCCGUUCAAAUAUUGGGGCGUGAGGUAAAGGAACUGAGGAACAAGUUUGUUCCCUUGGUCAAGGUGCUCUGGAGGAACCACUCCACAGAAGAAGCAACCUGGGAGACUGAGGAGUCCAAGCGAACCCAGUAUCCUCAUCUUUUCAGCGACCAAUGACUCAGUUUAGAUCCGAUAGCCACCAAGGAGUGCCGUCGCUGGAAAAAGGAAAUAGAGAACCUUCCGCCAUUGAGAGAUUUUAUGCUGAUUUCCCGGAACGAUUCAAUCGAGACAUGAGAGAGAGAGGCCAUGGUGUUGUAAAAUUCCUAGUAUAGCCUCGUACUUAAGUGGAUAGAAUCUUAAAAUCCAAUAACGGUUGUAGUUUAUC